ACUUUUUGUUUUCGCGGCACACCCCUUAGGCGAUCGUCAUUUGUUUCUUUCGCUGCCACAACAACCACGACAGGCGAUUCCUUCAUCGGGGUAUCGCAAAUUAUCCAUUAAUUUCUAAUCCAUCCGUGGAUUAAUCGCCAUCAAAUAUGGUUCAGAAGAAGAUUAAGAAGAAGGUUGGAAAGAAGGUCGCAGCGCCUCCUCUUGUCGUCAAGAAGGCUGAGCCCAAGAAGGUGACCAACCCUCUCUUUGAGAAGAGGCCAAGGAACUUUGGCAUUGGCCAGGACAUCCAACCCAAGAGGGAUCUUAGCCGAUUUGUUAGAUGGCCCAAAUACAUUCGCAUCCAGCGUCAAAAGGCUGUCCUUCAAAAGAGACUUAAGGUUCCCCCCACAAUCCACCAGUUCAGCCAAACCCUGGACAAGCAGACAGCCAUGCAGUUGUUCAAGGUGCUGGAAAAGUACAGGCCUGAAACCAAGUUGGCCAAGAAGAUCAGGUUGCGCAAGAAGGCUGAGGAGCGUGCCGCAGCCGCUGGAAAGCAGGGAGGUGCUGAGGCUGGCGCUCCCUCUCGCAGACCAAAUGCCGCUAGGUUUGGCAUCAACACUGUCACCAAGUUGGUGGAACAGAAGAAGGCCCAGCUGGUCGUCAUUGCUCAUGACAUUGAGCCCAUUGAGCUCGUCCUCUUCCUUCCCGCCCUGUGCCGCAAGAUGGGAGUCCCGUACUGCAUAAUCAAGGGUAAGGCACGUCUUGGCAGACUAGUGCGUAAGAAGACUUGCACAGCAGUGGCGCUGACCAACGUCGAAGCUGGCGACAGACCAAACUUCAACAAGGUGGUUGAAUCUGUGAAGAACAACUUCAACGAGCGCUUUGAAGAAAUCAGACGGCACUGGGGAGGCGGCCUCCUUGGCUCGAAAUCUGCAGCCAGGAUCGCCAAGCUUGAGAGAGCAAAGGCCCGAGAAUUGGCGCAGAAACAGGGUUAAGGACCAGCAACCCAAACCCAAGCUCUGUUCUAUUAUCAAUAAAUCCACAAUUCAAUAGAAAAAA